AAGUUCCGAGUAUUUUGCAGACAAUAUGCGGCAUGAUGCAUGUGUUCUUCCAUGGCAGGUCCAAAGACGAUAAAAAAUAUUGAAUUCUUACUUUCAGGGGAUUUCCAUUUUGCCCCCAUUAACUGUUUAAUUAGUACUAUAUAUUGAUGUGAGGAAGAGGAGCAAUCAAAGUGUAGUUUUCCUGUGGCAGAAUUUGAUAAACUGGCUUUUCUCACGGGUUUCCCAUAUUCUUCUGACUCAAAGUCUGUUCCUUUAACCUUUCUUUCUUCAUGGAGCAGUUGGAAACGCCGGUAACGGUGAAACCCGAGCGAAAACCAGUGCUCAUGUCGGCGAAUGCCUCGACCCCAUCUCGGUAUAAGGGGAGAAAUUCUAAGGAGUUGCCGAGACCGGAGGGAAGACUCAAGACGGUGGCUUCGGAAGUUAAGGACAGUGGGAAAACCGUGAGGAGGCCUCUGGGGGUGAAUAAGUCUAAGUACGGUGAGCAGCUGCAGGUUGUGGGAUCUCAUAAGGGAAGCGGGGAGGAUUUUAGAGGGGUGGAGCAGUUCUCGCGGCCUAGGCGGUCGUCAACUGUCGGUGCUCAACGGAAGGGUGAUGAAGGUAAGGCCGAGAAGGAGAAGAGGAAGGAGUUGGUAGAGAAGCUCGAGUUGACUGAAGCUUUGGUUAAAGAUUUGCAGUGUGAGGUUUUGUCUCUGAAGGCAGAGUUGGAUAAGGCACAGAGCUUGAAUAUGGAGUUGGAGGCCACUAAUAGGAAGCUUGCUGACAACCUUGCAGCUGCUGAAGCCAAGAUAACAGCUGUCGAAAGCCGUGAGAAGAGCGAGUCAAGUGGAGGGGAGUACCAGAGCCCUAAAUUCAGGGACAUUCAGAAACUCAUUGCUAACAAAUUAGAACAGCCAAAAUUCAGAAGGGAAGCAAUUCAAGUGGCAGUGGCAAAACCAGUUGAGAUGCCACCACCGGGGAUGGCUUGCUCGAUUAUGAAAUCUGCUGCUAAGGAGAAGUAUGCAGCUUCAAUUUCCUCUUUCCCGCCACCUCCUCCACCACCUCCCGUUUGUCUCCCAGCCAGAGUUGCUCCCACUGUGAAGGCUCCUUCACCUGUACAAUUACACCACCCUCUAACAAAGCAAGUAUGCAAGAAUGACCCUCCAGCAGCAGGGAAUCACAAUAAACCAAUGGUCACUAGUGUACACAGUAGCAUAGUUGGUGAAAUUCAGAACCGUUCAGCUCAUCUGCUAGCUAUUAAAGCGGAUAUUGAAACAAAAGGAGAAUUCAUCAACAGUCUCAUCCAAAAAGUCUUGGAUGCUGCUUAUACAGAUAUAGAGGAUGUCCUGAAGUUUGUGGAUUGGCUUGACAAUGAACUCUCAUCUUUGGCUGAUGAGAGGGCUGUGCUAAAGCAUUUUAAGUGGCCAGAGAGAAAAGCUGAUGCCAUGAGAGAAGCUGCUGUUGAGUACCGUGAUCUCAAAAUGUUAGAACAUGAGAUUUCUUCCUAUAUGGAUGAACCUAGCGUUCCCUGUGGAGUUGCAUUGAAGAAGAUGGCUGGGUUACUGGACAAGUCUGAGCAGAGCACAAAGAGGCUAAUCAAACUGAGAAAUUCAGUCAUGCGUUCUUAUCAGGAUUGGAAGAUUCCAGUUGACUGGAUGCUUGAUUCAGGAAGUAUGAGCAGGAUAAAACAUGGUGCUAUGAAACUAGCCACAAUGUACAUAAAGAGAGUGGCGACAGAACUUGAAUUUGCCCGCAGGUCAGAUAGAGAAUCUACUCAAGAAGCUCUGCUGCUUCAAGGCAUGCAUUUUGCAUAUAGGGCUCACCAGUUUGCAGGAGGACUUGAUUCAGAAACGUUGUGUGCCUUUGAAGAGAUCAGGCAGCGCGUCCCGAGUCAUCUCGUAGGAUCCAAAGAAUUGUUGACUGGCAUACCAUUAUCAUGAAAGCUACAUAACAAUCUGUUACAUCAUCCAGGUUUAGGUUUUCCUUUAGAAUUAGUUAUGAUCAUCAUUUGUUUUGUUUCUUGUUUGUUUCAAUGUAACCCAUUUCAAAGCUGCAGUACAUCUGGCUGGGGAAGAAGAUUGAGAUUCAAGCAAUGUAUAAAGAGUAUCUAUAGUUUUAAGAACUGGUACCCACAAUAGAACCCAUGAGAAAACCCAAGUGGUCGAAUAAAUUAUUUUUCAAUUU